AUGCAAAAUGAAGAUAAACAUCUACCAAAAGGACAGGACUUAGAAAUCUUUUCUGAUGGCUCUAAAGUUUCAGAGCAAGUAGGUGCAGCCUAUAUCGCUUUCUACAACAAUACAGAAAUUCACUCAGCACGGUUCAGACUUAGUGACCAAGCCUCGGUUUUCCAGGCUGAGUCCUUCGCUUUAAAGAAGGCAGCUCUCUGGGCGGGCAACACCAUUUUUUCAUCCAUCAGCUUCUACACGGACAGCAUGAGCGUCCUACAGGCACUGAACAAGAACGGCACACAAGCCUUCCACAUCUCUUCAUUAAAAGAAGUGCUUAUUACCUUGUUUUCUUUCAGGCAAGUGUCUCUAUACUGGGUACGUAGUCAUCAAGGUAUCCAAGGUAACGAAAGGGCCGACUCUUUAGCUAAAGAAGCCACAAGUCAUCACUUUCAUCGACUCAGAGAUACCACUUUCCAUAGUCGUUGCCAAACACAAGAUCUUCUGCGCCUUCAUGUCCAUCUGGCAAGCUCGCUGGGACGACUCAGAAAAAAAAACACCGGUCGACACACCUACUCCAUCUUUCCCGUGGUUUUCACUAAAAGGCUGAAAACAGAUUUCUAUCUACAAGAAGCUUUCACAAAUCACGGAAGAUUUUCCGCGUACCUCAGCAGGUUCUGCCAUCAAAACGUAAAAUGCCUGCGGUACUUCAGCUUCUUCAGCAAACGUUUCACAUUACAUCCACGACUGUCCACUCACUUCUCCCAUCAGUCUUCCUUCCUCAGCUUCAGGGAUCACAUAGCCUCAAUGAUCUUCUUCAGAAUUACUACGGACAGCGGGGCGUCAGAACUAUCAUAG